CUUCCCACCCCCACCCUGCGCCACCCGCAUCCCCGCCCCCUCGCUCUGCGCCUCCUCCUUGGCUGCGGGCAGAGGGCUUCAAACAGCCGCAGCGCCCAGUGUCUGGACAGCCUGUAGGAGGCACACACUCCUACACCCACCCUGCCUAGCCGCACCCCUGCCCAGCAUGUCGGCGCUCGAGUGGUACGCCCACAAAUCUCUGGGCGAUGGCAUCUUCUGGAUUCAAGAACGCUUCUAUGAGUCCGGCAACCGCGCCAAUAUCUGGCUGGUGCGUGGCUCCGAGCAGGACGUAGUGAUCGAUACCGGCCUGGGGUUGCGCAGCCUCCCGGAGUACCUGUAUUCCUCCGGCCUCUUGCAGGACUGCGGGGCCAAAGAGGAUGCGGCGCCUCGGCCGCUUCUGGCUGUGGCCACCCACGUGCACUUCGACCACUCCGGCGGUCUUUACCAGUUCGACCAGGUGGCCGUGCACCAUGCUGAGGCCGAGGCCCUCGCUCGCGGGGACAACUUUGAGACCGUGACCUGGCUCUCCGACAGCGAGGUGGUGCGGGCGCCCAGCCCCGGCUGGAGGGCCAGGCAGUUCCGAGUGCAGGCGGUGCAGCCCACCCUCAUUCUGCAGGAUGGGGAUGUGAUCAACCUUGGUGACAGACAACUCACUGUUAUGCACAUGCCAGGUCACUCCAGAGGCAGUAUUUGCUUACAUGACAAAGACCGAAAGAUUCUCUUCAGUGGCGAUGUUGUAUAUGAUGGAUCACUGAUUGACUGGCUCCCAUACAGCAGGAUAAGUGACUAUGUUGGAACUUGUGAACGUCUAAUAGAAUUAGUGGACAGAGGUCUGGUUGAGAAAGUGCUCCCUGGGCAUUUCAAUACCUUUGGUGCUGAAAGGCUUUUUCGAUUGGCUUCUAACUAUAUUUCAAAAGCUGGUAUAUGUCACAAAGUAUCUACUUUUGCCCUGAGAUCUCUUGCAAGUUUAGCCCUGCGUGUAACCAAUUCAAGGACCUCACCCUAGUAUCUAUGCCUAUAAUCUAUUUUGAUUAACUAUAUACAUUAAUCCAAUUCAUUUUGUGCUGUUUAAAAUGGUUAAUAGUGUGCAUUUCAAAAGUGCUUUUAUACCACUGUUGUAUAUUAGAGGGGGAAAAAGAUUAAAAAUGAAUAAGCCAAAAAGAGGAAAGUUUUAGUUUAAUUUUUUUUCUUCCAAGUAAGUUAUCACUUAAAUAAGCUUAUAAUUUUCCAAAGGUAUCAUAAUUUGUGCUCUAAAAAUGCCGUAAGUAUAUAAAAGGACAUGAAGAGGCAUUUUGUAACACCAGAAAGAACUUUCCUUGCCCAUUUUUCUUAUUUUAUUUCCUAGGUGACCAUGAAAAAAGGCAUCUAAAGCCUUGUGUUUACAUGGUAAACUUGAUUUUUUUAGUAUAUUAUUUUAAGAUAAAGGUUUUGGGGUUCAAAAUGCAUUAGAAUUCAAUAUAAACAUGUAAAAUCUAAUCAUUUAGAAUGACAGCCAAAACAUCCCAUGGUUAUUGUCUAGAAUUAUUUAAGCCUCUUUCAUUUUAUUUAUUCUGUUUGUAAUUGUAGCAUACAUUAUAUGCUAUAUAAUUUAACUUAUGAAAAAUUAUAAUGAAUUUUGUUUUAUUGCAAAGCUUUAAAUAUCAAUUGCAGAGUACUUCAGUAAAAAAGCUACUAUUUAUUGUUGUCUGUUAUUAUGCAAGUAAUAUUUUCAGUCAUAAAAGUGAAAAUCAAAUGUGUGUAAUCUAAUAACAAAUUGUCAGAUUUCUUAAAAGGACACUGUCAGGAAAAUUUGAAAAUACACAUAUUUAGAAUAAUUUUUAUUAUAUCCUAUUUUAUUACUAACAGCUAUUAUAAACAAAAAUUUUCUUCUUAAAUAGCAACUUCAGUAUUGUCAUAUUUUACAGUAUCAAAACAACUACAGAGAUCUAUUACAUCUUGAUAUAAACUAUUCUUUUACCUAACAUAAUGUGUCUGUACCACAGAAGGAUUUUCAAAUUAAUUGCAAAAUGUCCAUUAGAUAUUGAUCUAGAAUGAAUGGCCUUUUUUAUCCUGAUUCACAACACCUAUUCCUGUUCAGUAUUGUUUGUCUUCAAUGAAAAUAAGUCUACAUUCCUAAGUUAUAGGAAAGGUUAAACCACUAUUCAGUAAAAUGUUUUGAUUUGGUGCUCUUAAUAAUCAUUUAUUAAAAAGCCUUUUGGAGUAUUAAAGGUUUUUUAAACAUUUUUUCCACUAAAUUUUUAUUUUAUUAUUGACAUGUCUAAAACCAAGCUGAAGAUGCUUUGGAAAUCAGAUCUUUUUAAUAUUAGGAAGGUUUUUUUUUCUGUCAAAUUAUGUAACUUUUUCUACCCUGCAGACACCCAGAAUUUUUAGCUUUUUAUUCACACACACACACACACACAUACACACACACACACAAAUAAACAGAGUCAUGUACAUACAUUCACAGCACUGUGGAAUCUUCAAAAGUCAGAGACAUUAUAGCUGGAAAUUGAAGGCACAUGAAACAUGAAUAAUAAUAUAUACAAAUUUAUGUUUAUAUAAAUUGCAUAUAAACAUAAGGGACUUUAUAAAGGGAGGAAUGUGAAGUUUAGUUAGGAAAAUUUCCUGUUAGGGUUUUUGAGUCAGAUUUGGAAGGAAGAUUUGUCAGGUGGUUAGGGUAGGAAAUAAAAAGAUACAAGAAUAGGGAUAUAAGCAUUGCUAUAUAGAAUAGUCUAUGCUUGUGACAAUAUAAAUUUCCUUUUCAGGAAUCCCAUUUCUCCCAAGCACCAUGUAUUUAACAUUAGAAAAAGAGAUUUGUGAUUGUGUAUAAGAGUCAUCCUUAAUGCAGAUGAGCUGAACUGUCAAAUGCCACCAAAUGAACCAGAGAGUCAGAUAGAGACCAAGAUUGGUUCAAAUAUAGAAUAUCAUGAGAAUUCUCUGAUGGUCGUUCAAAGCAGUAGGUCUGUUUCAACUGACAGUACAACACGAAGAAUAUAGAUUUGGUUCAGGGCAACUACAAUCACUUAAUAAGCCUUAAAUAUAGCCAUUAUUUUUAUAUCAGUAGCACAAAAGAAAACCAAAAGUCCUUAACCAUUGACCAUUUUUAUCUUAUUUUAGGAAUUUUUUAAAAAAUCAGAGUACAGUAGGCAUUGAGUUUUAUUAGAAAAUAUUUACUUUUCCCAAAGGAUUUCCUUAUUUACUAAAAGUGUUAUUUUUCAGAACACAUUAAUAUUAUUUUUUAAGUUCCCAAUUUUUUAAAAAAAAUUUCAAACUGUAAUACAACAUAAGACUGUGGUAUUUUGCUGUUGCUACAGUGUGAAUAAAAUGGAAAUACAUUAGGGAAAGGAUAUCAUUCAUUGAUUAUCCAUGCUAUCCAUUUAAAAUAUGCAUUAUUUAAUGUAAUCCUGGUUCUAGCACCAAGAGGUAAUUGACCAGCUUCACACAACAGGACAAAGCUGGUAAUUGAACACAGGUCUGUCUACCCCUGAACUGUGUUCUUUCUUUUAUACCUGCACAACACAUAAAAUUGGCAGUAUAUUUUUACUUUUCCAAGAUGCCACAUGUGCCAAGAAUAAAUCAGAUGAUAUUGAAGCAUAAUAACGUAUUUAAAAAAAAGCUUUUAAAAUAAGAUAUUUUCACCCUGACAGUGACCCUUAUUGUAAUUUAUGAUUUGGGGAAAUAUUAGAAUGUAAGUAUGAUUCAAAGUUGUUAAAUGUAAGACAUUUAGAAAUAAUUUUUAUUUAUAUUGUUAAUAAUCUUAGGAUAUUCAUUUUUCUUAUAUUAUGUCUCUUUAUGAGAAUCUUAAAUGAAAACCACAUGUGUUAUCCUGAUGUAGUUGAAUAAAUAAUUAUAUGUAUUGUUCUUACAUGGAUAGUAAUAUGAAUGUACUGCACAAAUUGUCCUCUUAUAAUUUUCAGAUAAAUGUAAGUAAACAUUUGUGUGAUAAAUAUUAAAGUGAACAUUUAUUUCAAUCUACAA